AGAUCAAUCAAAUGUAUCAAGUUCACUCAUCUGAGAUGACCGAAACCUUCAUUAGCUCUGGAAAUAUUUUUUCACAAGUAUUUGAUUCAUCGUAUGAACUAAAUUUCCGCCGCAAGUUGGAUUGUUGCCUGUCAAAAGCAUGGCUGGGAUUUUGUGGCGAGCAGAACCAAAAUCAAGCGAGAAACCGAAGCAAUCGUCGGGUUCUACGGUUGCGACAGCGAAGCACACCAUUGAAGACCUCGUCAAGGCAGCUGAGAAAGGAGACUUAUCCGGGAUUAUCACUUUGAUUGAUGAUCAUCACGUAAAUCCGAAUACAAAUCAAGUAACGAAAAUCCCUCUGAUCCAUGCUGCAACGUACAACCAGCCAAAAGCCUUGGAGCUGCUUUUAUCCAAGACAGCCAGGCCCAAUCUUGUCAACUCUCAAGGGAAGACAGCGUUGCAUGUGGCAGCGGAACGAGGCUAUUCCGACUGUGUAGCCGUGCUUCUGAAAGGUGGAGCAGAUUUUAAAAUCAAGGACAAAAACGGCAAGAACCCGUUGGACCUCGCUGGGGAAAACAAAAAGGACGACUGCUGCAUGAUUCUGGAAACAUGGCCACUGACUCGGAAAAUGGGUGAAAAGGUGGAACAGAUUGCGACCAAAGCUGCGAAUCUUGGUCAAGAUUUUGAGACAGUGAGACAGUUCAUCACGGAGUACAACAAGAGAAAAGCUGCGAUAGACCGAGAAAUUUUUGGGGAAUCGUCCAACAGAAAAAUGAAGUCCAAUAAGAAAACCUCUUCGUGAUCGUGACAAGUGCAUCUCUGGUGACGACGCCUGCCGAACGAAAUUGAAAAUGUGCUUGCGGAAAUGAAUGCUUAAAGAAAAAUCCUAUUUUAUUAUUUGCACUUUCUGUGAAACCAAAUAUGAGUGAAAGAAGAAAUAAACAAGUUUUGAGUAUUUUACGAAAUA